GGGGCGGGCCGGCCGGUGCCGUCAGUCAGGCAGCGGGAACCGCCGGGAGCGGAUGGCGGCGGUGGUAGCGGGCCCACUGGCCGCCGGGGGUGAGGAAGCUGCAGCUGCCGUCUCCGUGCCAGGGUCUCCUGGUCUGCCCGGGAGCCGCAGCGCAGAGCGAGCCCUAGAGGAGGCGGUGGCCACCGGGACCCUGAACUUGUCCAACCGGCGUUUGAAGCACUUCCCGCGGGGCGCGGCCCGCAGUUACGACCUGUCAGACAUCACCCAGGCUGACUUGUCUCGGAACCGGUUUCCCGAGGUGCCUGAGGCUGCGUGCCAGCUGGUGUCCCUGGAAGGUCUGAGCCUCUACCACAAUUGCCUGAGAUGCCUGAACCCAGCCCUGGGGAAUCUCACAGCCCUCACCUACCUCAACCUCAGCCGGAACCAGCUCUCCUCCUUGCCACCCUACAUCUGCCAGCUGCCCCUUCGAGUACUUAUUGUCAGCAACAACAAGCUAGGAGCCCUGCCUCCAGACAUCAGCACCUUAGGAAGCCUGCGGCAGCUUGACGUGAGCAGCAAUGAGCUGCAGUCUCUCCCGGUGGAGCUGUGUAGCCUCCGCGCCCUGCGGGAUCUCAAUGUUCGGAGGAACCAGCUCAGUGCCCUGCCUGAUGAGCUGGGGGACCUUCCUCUGGUCCGCCUGGAUUUCUCCUGUAACCGUGUCUCCCGAAUCCCGGUCUCCUUCUGCCGCCUCAGGCACCUGCAGGUCAUUCUGCUGGAUAGCAACCCCCUCCAGAGCCCGCCUGCCCAGAUCUGUCUGAAGGGGAAACUUCACAUCUUCAAGUACUUAACGAUGGAGGCCGGGCGUCGGGGAGCUGCCCUCGGGGACCUGGUCCCUUCCCGCCCCCCAAGUUUUAGUCCUUGCCCUGCCGAGGACUUAUUUCCGGGACGCCGGUAUGAUGGUGGCCUGGACUCCGGCUUCCACAGUGUUGACAGCGGCAGCAAGCGGUGGUCGGGAAACGAGUCCACAGAUGAUUUUUCAGAGCUGUCCUUCCGGAUCUCAGAGUUGGCCCGGGAGCCCCGGGGGCCCAGACACCAGAGGGACGACGGCCCUGGCGAUGGAGACCCCGAGCAGAUUGACUUUAUUGACAGCCAUGUUCCUGGGGAAGAGGAAGAGCGGGGUGCAGCUGAGCCUCUGCUGCUCUGUCCUCAGGAGCAGCUGCCUGCUGAGUUGAGCCUUGUAGCAGAUGUGGAGAAGACAUGGGCCAGCAGGCGGGAGGAGCCUGCAGGGGAGGAGAGGCGGCGCCCAGACACUUUGCAGCUGUGGCAGGAGCGCGAGCGGAGGCAGCAGCAGCAGCAGCAGCAGAGUGGGGGUGUCCUUAAGCGGGGGAUCAGAGCCGCGGGCGCCUCGUCCUCGGCUGCGCAGGCCGCCUCCAAUGGCCCACCGAAGUCCAGUGCUACCCAGCUAGGAGUUUCAGGGGGGCAGGGAGCUCCCACACCGCCCCCCAUCUCCCAGGACUCCAUUCCUGUAUCUGGACCAGUGACAGCUCCUGUUCCCAGGCCGCUGGGCUCCAUUCAGAGACCAAACAGCUUCCUCUUCCGUUCAUCCUCUCAGAGCGGCUCUGGCCCUUCCUCUCCUGAGUCCGUGGUGAGAUCGCGGCCGUUUCCUCAGACCCUCGACGAGAAGGAGCUCAUGUCCCAACUUCGCCAGCUCCUCGAGGCCCGGCUGCAGCAGCCCCUGCCUGAGGACCUGGCCGAGGCCCUCGCCAACGGGGUCAUCCUCUGCCAGCUAGCCAACCAGCUGCGGCCCCGCUCUGUCCCCUUCAUUCAUGUGCCCUCACCUGCCGUGCCAAAGCUCAGUGCCCUCAAGUCUCGGAAGAACGUGGAGAGUUUCUUAGAAGCCUGUCGAAAAAUGGGUGUGCCUGAGGCUGACCUGUGCUCGCCCUCGGAUCUCCUCCGGGGCACCACCCAGGGGCUGCGGACCAUACUGGGGGCUGUGAUCCUGGUGGGGGGCAAGGCCCCCCUCCCAGUCCCGCCCUCCUCCGGUCUGGGUGGCUUCCUCCUCUUCUACGUGGUCUCCAUGCUGCUGCUCUAUGUCGUCUACACUCGGCUCCUGGGCUCCUAGGACCCACGCUGUCCCUUCCUUCCCCACCUUCUAUUUAUAGUCCUAGUCACCGCCCCCCCCCCCCGCAGUGCCUUCAGCCCUACCAAAGACACUAGUGCACCCUCACAGACACUGACCUCAGGAGCCCCCCAGUGCCCACAGUAGCCCUUACCUCUAGUGCUGACGGUGCCUUCAUGUCCCCACCAGCCCUGUCCCCCAGAGGGCGACAGACCUGGGGUCCUUUCCCUCCUCCCUCCCUCCCCCUGCUGGCUGCUAGGGGAGCUAAAUUAUCUCUGUUUUGUAGAGAGAACUCUAUAUUUGUAGGGUGCGGGCCCGUCGUGGGCCCCUGGUUCUGUGUAUAAACUGUAUAGACCGUCA